AUGAUACCGAGCGAGACCGACUCGGAGCGAGACUCAGUUGACCGAAGAAGCACGGAGUAGGAUGGUAUCAGAUCGAUGGCAUAGAAGACGAGGUAAAUGGUUACGUCCGCAUGCCAAGGCAAGCAUUCCUUGCUCUGGAGUGAGCUGUAGCUGUCACAAGCACAGGCUGCCUGUGGGUGGAAAACAUGGGAAGAAAUCCCCAAUCCCACAGAACCUUAUGUUUAUUAAAAGGGCAGUAUUCCGUAGGGCAACACCCGGGCUCAUUCAUAAUCAGCCCGUUCCCUCCGAGUCGUCAUCCAGUCGAUGCGAUAAUCCCUGGAGCGCUGGGCCGGUGUUUUGAUAGGCGGCCCUAGUGGACCUACGAUUCCGACGACUGUCAACUCGUCUCGUCCUUAUUUUGCCUAGCGCCGGGUUCAGUGUCAAAUUCGGAUAGCUUGCUCUUGUCACGCUACAUAUAUCUACAUACACCAUCCCGAUGGCUCACUGCCCUCCUUUACAUCCCUUUCUCCACCCUUUUCAUCUCCAACGAUGCUAUCACCAACCGGACACAGUCAGUACAUCGAUCCUGCCUUUCUCUUCGGCGUCGAAGGACAGGUCGCUGUGGUCACCGGUGGGGGUACCGGCAUCGGUCUUAUGAUCGCCACUGCGCUCGAGAACAACGGUGCGACUGUCUAUAUCAUCGGGCGGAGGCUGCAAGUGCUGGAGCAGGCAGCCCGAGACAACAACCGCUUUGGGAAGCUCAUUCCCCUCCAGGGAGACAUCACCUCUCGCGAAUCGCUCCUGAACAUCGUCGACGCCGUCCGCAGACGUCAUGGCUACAUCGACAUUCUCGUCAACAACGCGGGUAUCGCGCGGAAUCUACUUCCUGCGAAGCUUCCAUCACCCUUGGACAACAUUGACGCCGUUGGCCGCGCGACAGCACCGCCCUCGAUCCUAGCAUACCAGCAGGUCCUCUGGGAUACGUCAGACCCCAUGGGCUUUACGGAAAGCUUCGAAACAAACGUGUCUGCCGUGUAUCAAACUACGGUCGCCUUUCUAGACCUGCUCUAUCAGGGUAACCUCCGCAAGGGCAUCUUGCCCCCCAAAUACGCAGCAGCACGCGCCACCGCCACCACCCCAUGCCCCCCUCCUCACACAAACGGCGCCGUCUCGGCCGACAACUCGGGGCGCUCAACGCCCUACCACUCCCUUCCACCAACACCACCCCAGUGUACACCCCCGCCCGAGCCCUCGCGCGAGUUGCCCGACGCUCGUGAAGGGCCCAACGGUGCAGACGCGUCGUCUUCUGCACACAACGGCACGGCCGCAAACGGACACGCUGCUUCCGCACCGCGGAUGCACAUCCCGGAGCCUGCCUCGCAUGUCAUCACCAUAUCAUCGUCGGGGGCAUUCCGCAUCGACGCGCGCAUGCUCUCGGUCUCGUACACGCUCGCCAAGGUCGCGGUGACCCACCUCGGGCGGCUGCUCGCGAACCUGCUGAGCGACUGGGGCAUCCGCAGCAACGUGCUCGCACCCGGCGUGUUCCCAAGCGAGAUGACUACAUUGCAACAUCUUACGCCCGCCGGACUUGCGCAGGCCGUGCCUGUAGGACGUGCCGGGGGCCUAACAGAUAUGGCGGGCCCGAUCCUAUUCUUGGCUGGACGAGCGGGCGCCUACGUGAACGGCGCCGUUUGGCUCGUCGACGGGGGACGCGUUGGCUCGCUCCCAAAUUCAUACCAGUGGUAAUGGAACCGUAACUUUUAAAGCCGCCCGACGAGGAUCUAUGAGGAUGGGGCGAGCGGAGGAGGAAGAUCUUUAAUCAAUAUGACUUGGGAUAUUGGGUGAUGACACAGUUUACGACCUGAACGAUAAUCACGGAUCGCGGAUACCCACCAGCCUCAGCACCGGUAUCAUAUAGCUGUAUUCUAAGUAGGCCUUUUGUUGCAGCCACGUAUUUAUUUUUCUCGGCGCUCAACGUUAUAUAAUUAUGUAUCUAUAUUCACGUACAAACAGUCGCGUUUUAA